GAUCGCCUUCGCCCUCCUGCCACUCAUUGGUGCUUCACGGCAACCUUCGAGCUAGGCGCUGAACCAAAGUACCCUAAGACGCCUCCACUGUGGAACGUUGCUUGCGCACUCAGGAUUACUCAUGACCGUCUCAUCAAUCUACAAGACGCAAGACCGAAACCUAUGAGUUGUCUCACGGGUAGACCUAUGACUUCCUGGACCGAAAAGUUGACCUUUGUAGACACAGAGAUGGAUCGAUGAUUUUUCUCUUUCGAAGCCAUGUGGAACGUGGACACACACUUUGAGCACUUCCCACACGAUCGGCGGAUGCAAGGUGCCUCAACGGCCCCGGCCAGGACAGGGUAGCUUCCCACGUUACAUGCUCGCUUCGAUGCCCGAAGACCUUGCACCGUCGGCAUUCUCGCAAAUCCCCAGAAACCCCAAGCCCAAAGGAAAGAUCAAGGGCGGUCAGAGUUCAACAAGAUCAAUAGAGUACCAGCCAAUUUGGGGAGCUUGGCCAAUGGCACGAAGUCUCCCGCCGAACCAACCCCGCGCGCCUGUCUCUCACCACCCUGGUCUCGGCGCCUAGAAUGCAGUGUGAUUGUCUGGCUGAUUGGCCCAGCCUGCAACCUUUCACAAUCUAUUUUCGUCUACCCAUUUCGACCACCACCAUCCUUUCCCCCCUUCCGGCCGCCCCUCCAUCCUCUCUUUGGCUUCACGGUUCACCCACUCACCGCGGCCCGUCUGUCGAGAAGCCCAGCGCUUACACUGGCCUUCCCGUGGGUGACCUGCCGCCCUGUACCACGCGCAGUAGUGCCGCUGUUUCAAAGGAGGGACGAGAGUAAGGUAAUUCGUAUAUACACUCUCUUGGUAUCUUUGGUAGUCGUAUGUUUACACGGGAUUUCUCUUCCUUUCAUCUGUGUUGUCUACCUAGUACUGCAAUAAUAAACUUGUUUGUUGUUUGCUUGGUGCCCACUGGGUUGGAUAUCAUGCAUCGGUAGCAGCUGGACUACCUGUUCUUCAUUCCUUUCAGGCCACUCCCCCUACCCCCAUAUUUCGUGACCAGAUUUGAAUAUCAUUAACACACCGGGGGAAAAAAAUCAACGACAACAUUCGAUUCGAGAUAAUCCGCCCCAGCAUAGCCCAGUAUGUCGUCGUCGACACAGCCACCCUCUGGAGGGUACUCACUCUUCCCGAACCCCAACUCCAAGCCCCCAACAAUAAGGAGGCCGGCAUCUCGAACUCGAAGAUCGGAAUCGCGUGAGCGGCCCCGGGCUGUGUCUCCUGAGAGCGUUCACCACGUCGAUCAAGCAUCUCCACCGCGUCACGGAAGACAGACGCCGCAACAGAGAGUCCAAACACCGGUUGAGCGAUCGCAAACUCCACAAAGCAUCCGCCAGGCCCCAUCAGGUGAACAGCAGCAGCAACAACAGCAGCAAUUUCAACAGCCCUCGCCGCGCAGUCGCGAGCUGCCGGCCCUACCCCCGCCGUCGGCCACGGAGGCAUCGCCCAUUCAAAGGCUCCCUCCCGUCGCCGAUAUCCCGCCCCGAUCAGACACGGCCUUCUCGCAAGCACAUACGCUUGUACGGAACAACAGCACGCGGUCCAGAAGCUCGAUAGCAAAGCUUCCGUUCCCCGAGGAACCAUCGUCGUCUUCACAAGAACAACCCGCUCUGCGAUCCAUCUUCCCUCAGUAUAACCCGGAAAGGCCUCUCAAUCAACAAGACUACUUCCCCACGCAAACAAGCCCAACUCAUAUCCCACGGGCCGUGAUUAAUCGGACAACAUGGUAUCCAAAUCCCCAGGAAGCGGAAGGUCAAAAUGAUCAGCACAGGAGUCCUCCCAUGAGGAGUCCCCUAAGCGGGGGCUCAGCGCAAAGAUGGCCAAGGAGACAGAUCGAGCCUCCCAUCAUCCCGAAUGUCUCAUUGAAUGAGCACAUGAAGAGCCUGUGGAAGGUCUCCAACGGAUGGAAAGCACCUCCUUCAGAAGGCAGAGUGUACUGCAUGAAGCUGUCCCAGGAGAAGGACGCACCCGUGUACACACUCUCCUCGACAUCACAGCCCUUUUACAACAUCCGGCUCGAUCCCACGUCUGCAUCAGCAUACGUCACCCUCAGCCGUCACGACCCGGCCAAGGUCUACAAGGCCCCGAACCCCAUGGCAAGUUCGUCAGCGAGCAGCAUCCUCUCCGGCGUCGUCGGUCACAAGGACAGCAGCAAUAAUGGCAAAGGCGCCGAGAGCAAACACUGGCAGGAAGUCCUCACCACCACCCUGGAAGAGGAAUCCCGCAAGCACCCGCCCAACGACGGCCUCGUCGCCCUCCUCUACCCGCUGGCGGCCGCCAAGAUGGCCCUCGACAAGCCGGGCGACAUGAACGCCAUCAUGACGGCCGAGACGGAGUGCGCCCGCCUCGUCUGGGACGAGGACUCCCGCUCGCACUUCCUCGUCCACCCGGCCCUCGCCACCCCCUUCUGCGUCACCAUCGAGCGCUCGCCAGCCUGGAGCCGGGUCGAGUACACGCUCGAGCACCACGAGUCGCCGCAGCACCUCGCCAAGCUGACGCGCGACGGCACGGGCGGCGGCUACCUCGAGGUCGACACGGCCAUCGCCGCAAAGAUUGACAGCUUCUUCAUCGUCGACGUCGCCGUCGCGGCGCUCAUGCUUGUCGCGGCGGCGGACGAGAAGAACACCAAAGUCGAGACCUUUGAGCCGCCUCCGGCGCCGCACGAUCCUGUCGGUGGCAGCGGCCGCGACAGCCGGUUGAGCAAGAGAGAGGAGAAGAAGAGGGCCGCGGCGGCCGCGCGCAGGGGUAAGAUGGAGGAGUUUGAGAUUGACGUCGAGAGCCAGGACAGCAGCUUUGCGAAGCUGGAGCAGGUCGGCAAGGAGACGCGCGACAGGCUGCCUUGGCCUUUAAGAGCGCUGUUCAAGGUCGUGGCUGGGCUGUUCAAGUGCCUCGUCUGGCUGCUGACGAUUGGCUUCAAAGCCCUUGCUGCCAUUGUCAAGGGGCUUGCGAGGUGCGUCGGUGUCAAGUCCAAGUGACUUCCGAGCAAAAGAGCAAAAUGAUGAAUACGGGAAUGAUAAGGAAGGAAAUGAGAUACCACUUUUGAGCUGAUGCAUUGUUCUCGUACUGGUUUCGUCUCUCACGAGUUUGUUUAAGGGGUUGAUGGAAUAAUGGGAAUUUUCCUUAUGAGACCCCUAUCCAGGAAUAGGAUAGGGAGCGAUGAUAUUCCUUCUUUGUACAUGUAGAUCUAUACUCCGGGGUGUCCUUGGGUAUCGCAUGACGACUUCUCUGAGCAAGGGUUGGAGGAGGUCCGUCCUUCUCCACAGCCGCCGCUCAGAAUGUUAGGAUUUGAAAUGAAGACACGAUAAAAUAACAACCAAA